CUUCAGCCAAGGGUACAACCAACGAAUCUUAACCAUGUCGCACAGCAAGUUCAGUGUCUUUGGGCGUAUGCUUGGAAACUUGCAGAAAAUGCGGAUCGAAUGCAAAGGUUCCCUGUCAGCAGCGCUUACAACUGGGUCUCUGAUUCAGGAUAUUAGAUCACCCAAUGUACCCGAUCUGAUUGCACGCCUGCUGAUCUAUGACUUGCGCUCGGUUCAUAGAAAGAUACUGAUGUCCCCACUAAUAAUUAUACUCUUAUCUAUUCAAAUGAAACGCUUGAUCCUAGACCCGGCUGUGUGGUUUAAAAGCCACAAUCCGCUGCCAACAAUUGAUGAGGGCGGAAAUGUGGUGAAAGUUCGCUUAGUAUGUAAUUCCAUGAACCCAAGGGCACUAUCGUCGCACCCGGUUCUGUUUGUACAGCUGCGUGCUAUAUACAAUGAACAAACCUUUAGUGUAGCGGACACGCCUGACUUUGUGGAUGCAACUAAAUGGAUAAAUAACUGGUUAAAUAGGAAUUUGAACGGCAGGCUAAUUCUGAUGAUCAACGGACAAAAUACCAUCGGAAAUGUUACCGAGAAAAAGUACAAGUCUAUACUGUCACAAUGUGCUUCACUAUUUCCGAACUACCCCAUAUACUACGUCGUUCUACCGGACUCGUGGCUAGCUGUGAAAGAACAUCUCACGCCAGGCAUCAUUGCGUGGUGGCGCCGUCAUAGACUGGAUCUUUUCAAUGAGGAAUCAUGCUAUGUGCACAGAACGAAACAACACGAAGACCUGGCAGAGGCUGCCUUUUUGAAACGUCGAAGCUAUAAGUUCAUUGACAAUGUUGUAAGAGGAGAUGGUCCGCCUGGAUGGCUGAUCGAUUGCGACGUAAUUCCAGGCAUGAACCCAUCGGAUGAUAGCAAGCAGAGCGUGCCGUUAAUUACCACUUGUGCUGUGCAUGGAAAGGAACAACUGCCGAUUUUCGAAGAGGCGAGCAACGGACUUUUCAUACACGGAUUGCAUCUCAACAAUAAUGAUUUAGACUCGGCGUCGAAGAAACUCGCUGUGCCGGCCGCUGUAUCACAGGUUGAUGACGGUACUACCCUUGCAUCGCGAGGACAGGUGAAGAGGGACCGCAGAUUUCAGAGUGGUAUCGCACAGAGUAAAAAUGGAUCUUAUAUGGGUACAAGAUCGACUACAGCCACGAAACCUUUCCUCAGCUCACCACCUAUGGUGAGUGCCAGAAGAUCUCCCCCUGUUCUGCCAGUUGAGGGCAAUUCUGUCAGACGUAGCGGUUUGCCAAUAUCUGACACUUCGAUACCAAACGCAAAGUUGCCGUCCCAGGUGACAACGACCGAAGGCAUGCGAGCUGUUCUGAGCAGCUACUGUAUCCGCCCAAAAGUCAGUACCAAAACAGCGACGAGCGUUGGUAACGCAUCUGGUCGAGGGGCGAAGCGGAAGAACCGUGCGGCUGUCUUAGAAUCACCAAAAUCACCAAAAACCAAACGGACGGCUGCUGCUUCAAAGCCCACAGCGCAGGUCGGCACGAGUACAUUGCAAACCAGUAUCCGAAAGAUUUCUGCGUAUGAUCUGUGGAGACCAUCUCAAUCUGAUAUUCGGUCUUGCGCACUUGCGUAUCUGCAGCAGAAGUCUGACUUGAGUAGGAAGUACAAACCUGCGCGUCAAAUCAACGAUACCGGUCCGAUUCGGGUAGGAGAUGACACUACGGUGAACCCGGUCGCACCUGCAAAUACUCCGCACAAAGGUCAAGUAUCAGCAUGCUUCGAUAUUUCAGCGCGAACUAGAGAUUUAACAUCAACCGCUCCAGAAUCCAGUGCAAGAAUUAAAAUAAGAAGCAAAGAUACAACAGGCCAGAGAUUUGAGAAAAAUUCUGGUAUUGCCAGAAGUACUCAUACUGUUGCGCCCAUGGGUGUGCGAAGAUCUGCAGAUCAGUCGGCAGUUCGUGGGGUUGAUAUCAUACGCGCCAAUUCAGCGCCUGGAUCAAAAGUGAAAAUGGCUAUACAGAAAGAUCCACGACGCUCGUCCUGCACUGUAAAUAUGACUUUGAAUCAAGCUAUGCUCGAAGUGAGGAAAGCUCAACAGAAGAUCAAACAGGCAGAGCUGAAGGCUAAAAUACUAGCAAAAAGAAAGGCAUAUGAUCGAGCUAACAGUCAAUCGUGACCCUCCGGCUAUCUAAAUAAGCUCACCCGAGGUAGCAAUAAGUGCGCACAAGUCCGCCUAAGACUUUAUUCUGCGGCGUGAAUUACUGUCUAUUCAUUGUAGCUUAAGAAUCACUGUUCCAUUAAACAAUGAUUUACUGUGCGUUCAAUCUCUCAAUUAUAGUCGUCAAUAGAGGAUAAUGUUGCCUGAUCCUGAACUGAUGCGAAUUCUCU